AUGAACUACCUACACCACCCAUACGCCUUCGGCGGUCAUAGUGCAGUUCAAUUCGAUCAAUCCAUAGCCUACGACCCUGCCAUGGCACACCAUGCCAUGGUGCACCCCAUGGAUGGCUACCUAUACCCUCACCCACCAUACGAGAUGGUUGACUACUACCAUCAACCGAUCAUGGACUACGAAGAAUACGCGGAGAAUCUGUCCCGUCCGAGGUUGACCAAAGAACAAGUGGAGACGCUCGAGGCUCAAUUUCAGGCUCACCCCAAGCCCAGCAGCAAUGUGAAGCGUCAAUUGGCCGCUCAGACAAAUCUGAGCUUGCCUCGAGUUGCUAAUUGGUUCCAAAACCGACGAGCAAAGGCAAAGCAGCAAAAGAGACAGGAGGAGUUUGAGAGAAUGCAAAAGGCCAAAGCAGAGGCCGAGGAAGCUGUUCGGAAUAAGGCCGACAGCGCGGACGACACGUCUGACUCAAACCAAAGCGAUAAGACGCCAAAGGAGGAGACCGAUAAAGCUAACGAUACCAAGAAAUCGGAGUCGGACGUGUCAGGCGAACAAAAGAAGACCUCUACUUCAUCUCGAUCGAAGCAUCAGAAGACAAGGAGUGAGUCGGCUCGAGAGGCCACUUUCGCCUCGUUGCAGAGAGCUCUCAACGCUGCCGUGGCGGCUCGUGAGCACUACGGCAGCGAGUGCGAGCAGGAUCGAAAUGACGACAACAGUGUUGGAGGAUCUGUCUCCCCCACGCCGUUCCCCCUGAGCGCUCGGGCCAAUGACCAUGAUGACUCGGAAAGCGCACACAGUGCUAUCAACACCCCUUUCUCAGCAUGGGAGAGUGGCAAAGAUUCUUCAGCUUCCUGGACCUCUCAGAACGCUCAGGAGCCUUUCGGAUAUACUGGCUUGGCCACACCUUCAUUUCCCCAGACGGAAAGUUCGCUGCAGCAUGUCAGUCAAGGUGAAGAGUGGGCGAGCCAAUUGGCGAUGUCGGCCGAAUCGCUGCCCAGCCACCGUGCAUCCAUGGAUGUUGGUUCCUCGUCAUACGGAACCAUCCAUUACACGGUCAAGCCGGAGCUGUCAAGGCCAGGCUCGUCCGAAGACCUCGCCAGCACCUUGCAGGGCAUUGGAAUCGACACUAGUGGCUCGCCUCAUGGCUUGUCGCAGCUGACUGGCCGGUCUUCAUGGAAAGACGCUGGAAAGGAGCUCGACCUUGCUGCGCGGAGAAAACGACCAAGGCCGGCGGCCAUUGGCACAUCGCGGUCUAGCUCGAUGCUGGCCGGGUCGUCUGCCAUGUCACCGACCAUGCGCCUGCCGAACGGCGUUGGUCACGCGGUGAGACAGUCCAAAUCCGCACAGUGUCUCGGCUCGCGGUACGCUGGCGUCAGAAAGGCGUCGGCCGCUCAGCGGUCGCCUUUCAACCUGGCAACCUUUGCCGAGGCGGGCACUUUGAAUAGCAAGGCCGAGAUGUCAGGCAUGCUGCAACCUACUGUCACAAACGGUGGCCACUCCGUCGGACGGGGGUACUGCCUGUCGGCGCAACCGACCAGCCACCUGUUCCCCACGACUCAGCCCAUGCAGAUCAACAUCGCGUCUCCUCCGGCUACUCCUCUGGCAGUAGACAUGAUGUCGUCGUAUUCCUACCAUGGCGUCGCUCCGCCAAUGUCCGCCCCUGCCCACUACACGACCUUUCCCGACUAUUCCUCUUGUGACGGGGCCCCUUUGACGGGGCGGAGCUGGGCUGACACUACAUCAAUGGCUCCGUCGGAACAAUCGUUCGCCGCCCGCUGCCAGAUGGAGAUGCCAUCUGUGACUUACGAGCAGGCUGUCGAUCCGACUAGUGCAACUGCAGAUGUGGGCAUGUUCUCGUCCAAAAAUAUCGACAUGCACAUGUCGACAGGAGCGCCGGCCGAGGAUGCGAGGCCCACUGAGUUUCAGAUUCAAGAGUUCCCUGAACAGCAAGAGAUCCACCGAUUUGUUGCUCAGCAGCUUCCAUCGCACAAACCCAAGGCCUACACAUUCGCCGCCAAUUCUACGCCACACAAUUUUCAGAACUGA